CCCCUAAAUAAACAAGACCAAUUUACAUGGCAGGACAAUCAGAACUGAUGGUAUAAAUUCGAUGCGUGACAUUAACCCCAAAUUCUUCAUCUCAGCAUAUGAAAAAUUGUACUGAAUCCAAUCUUUGCACUAUCGAACAUCUCUAUACACUUCAUUCCAAAACCCCCUCGUUUUUCUGUUGUUGCGGGACUGUUGAGGAGGUAGAAGAAGAAAGGGGGUCAACAAAAUUCGAGGUUUUGGCUGUUGAUGUUUCAGUACAAAUUUUGUUCCUUUUGUCAAUUGUCUUCCUAUACGCUACACUUCUCUUCCACGCAACAGAAACAUGGAUGCGCAAGCCAAGAAAAAGGCUUUGUUUCGUGCUAAAUUGAAUGCUCAGAAGAAGGAAAAGCGCAUAGAAUCUCCCCUUGUGAGGUAUAAUGAAUUUGAUCAGCCUGUUUGCCGGGUUUGUGAUGUUGUUCUAAAGUCUGAGUCUUUAUGGGAUGCACAUCAAGUUUCUCGCAAGCAUCGUGAGGCCAUAAGUAAUCUGAAAGCUAAUGCAGCUGGAUUAACUCAGCAUAACAAUGCAAAGCCUGUUUCUGAUGCCAACAUUCCCAAAGCUAAACCACAACAUGCUUUGGAGUCACAAUCCAAACUGCCAGAAGGUUCACGAGAGGCGUCUAAACCUCAAUCAUCAUCAGUGCUUCCACCGGGGUUUUUUGAUGACAAGGAUUCAGGAAAGACAAAAUCUGAACAUUUAGAGGACUCUGAUCUUGGUAGAAAAGCUGGGGUUUCUUCUAAAAGUCAGGUGUUAAACUUGGAGAAGGAAAAAGGUCAUUUUGAGGGCAACAAUGCUGCAGAGUUAAAUGUUAGCCAAGCCAAAAAGGAGAUUAGUCACACAUCGGUCAAGACUACUGAUACAGAAGUAAAAGGGAUUCUGCCUGAAGGAUUUUUUGACAAUAAGGAUGCUGAUUUGCGAGCCCGUGGCAUAAAGCCUGUUAAGCCAGAUGUCAAAGACGAGUACAAGGAAUUUGAGAAGUUGAUUCAAGAAGACUUGCAGGAGGUGGACAACCGGUUGGAAGAAGAAGAGAUUGACGCAGCCGAAAUGAUAGAAGAAGCUGAAUCUGUAGAGCAAAAGUUCUUGAGGGAGAAAGUGGAAGUGUUGAAGAAGAGGAGAUUGGAGCUUAAAGCUGCUAACACUGCAAAGCGUAGUAAAUCAUCUGAGGUUGAAGCCGAGGAGUCUAGACACCAAGAGUCAUCCAGUGAUGAUGAAAGUGAAGAGAAUUUUGCCGUGGACUGGAGAGCACAACACUUGUAAUUUGUGAAUACUUUGCUAAUAUUUUUCUUCCAUUUAUUGAAUUCCAUGACUGGAAUAUAAUAUCUAAACAUCAGAUUUUGUAUGUACAAUUUUAUUUACCAUCAUCCUGUCUGUUUAUCCA